CCAGUGCGAUCAGAGGUGACGGGGAGAACACUUAACUCGCCUGUAAGCUGAACCUGUCAGAUCGGAGUUCUGGAAGGGGACUGACACAGGGAAGACAGCUACUUGCUGCAUCGAAGAGCGCCUCUUAAAAAGGAAAGGCAGCAUGAGGAGGUGGAACCAGGUACUGCAGCUGUGCCUCGUGGCAUGCCUGCUGGCAGGCACGCAUGCCAAGCAGUCACGCUGGGAGCGCGUGCUCCAAACAGGCGCUGCAAGCACAGCAGCGCAGGCGCCAGCCGCCAGACUCCUGCCCCCUCAGGGUCUUGGGACUCCGGCGUUUGCACCGGCGCCGGCCCCUGUGGGCCCCCCGGCAGUGCCCAAGGCUAGCGACUCACUGGCCAUGACCAACAGCACCCUCAACCAGCUGCAGACGUUGGGCACAUACCAGAGUGACCACGUGGCGCCACCAGCGGCAGUGGUGCAACUGCUGAACGGCAGCACCUACCAAUCCGCGCUAGGCGGGAACCCGGCCUAUGCGCCCGAGGCAUUCCAGUUCACACACCCAGACAUCUUCUUCCAGCUGGACUCCCUCGGCAUCCGCCAGUUCCACUUCAAUGCCUGGAAGGACCCCAAUGGCACGCUGGCAUCCAACCCUGCCGGCCUCAAGCUGGCUGGCAUCACCAACGCCACCCUGGACCCCAAGUACAGCUUCUUCGGCUUCAAGACCUUCAACGACCCUGACUUUGACUGGCAGUCCAACUGCGUGACUGUGGAGACCUGCCUCCGGCUGAUCCAGAGCUGGUCGGUGAACCACACGGACCACAUCCCCAUUACUGUCUACCUGGAGCCGCGCGAAGCCACCCUCUUCACCGGCAGCGAGGCCUCCAUCAACCAGCAGCUCGCCUCCAAGCCCGGCAAACCCGCCGAGCUGGCAAAGCCGUACCCGAUCGCAGCAGAGGAUUUGGACGAGCUGCAGAACACGGUGUACCGCGUGUUCAACCAGAGCGCCAUUGUGCUGCCGGGGGGCCUCCUCGGCAACGCCUCCUCCCUGCAGGCUGCCACCCAGCCCGCCUCCGGAGGGUCGUGGCCCAUGAUGAACGAGAACAGGGGCAGGGUGCUUUUUGUGCUGGUGGACAAGUACGGAAAGUACGGGCCCAUGUACCGCAAGCUUUUCCCCGACCUGCGCAAUGCUACCUUCUUCAUCUCAGAGCCAGGCACCAACACCACUCUGGACCCAUCAACGGUCUUUGUGGACUUCCUGGGGCCGCUGGGAGGCGAGAACGUGGCGACCUGGACCGCGGCGGCUGCCAACAAGGCUGUGGAGCAGCAGAGGCAGCAGAUCCAGGCGGCUGUGCGCAAGGGCCUCAUUGCACGCGCUGCUGCUGACUGGCAUACGGUGGAGGCGCGCGAGGACUUCAAGAACCGCACGCUGGGCGCCAUCAAGGCGGGCGCGCAGUUCAUCCAGACCUCCUUCCCGGACGUCUCCAAGCUCCCCAAAUACGCCUACUCCUUCCCAGGCACCUCCAACGCCACCGUCUUCCCCACCAACUACACCGCGACGCUGCCGCUGCGCCUGGGCAUGACUCUGACUGCCGGGCGGUGUGCCCCCCAGACGAGUGCUGGCAUUGUCGCAAACGAGACCGCUACUGGCUGUGGCAGCGCUGCAGACAACGCUGCGCUGGCUCCUUCUCCCUCCACUGCGCUCUCAUACUAGACCCCUGGGCCCCUUUUUCUAGUUUUGAAGUAAACUCACUGCGCACAACAAUGUGCGGCAAGACGCCGUCUUGCAUUCGCUAAGAUGGCAGAUGGGAAAUUUCUGGAACUUUUCUAAGUGAUGGUGCAUAGUGUAGUGAGUCGCGGGUAGGGACAUGUGCAGUGCUGUGCAGUGUCUGCAUAUUGGAUAGUGAGAGACAAGCGGGUAUUUGAUUCGGUACAGAAAUACUUUAUUGGACAGGAUGGCUAUGUUAGAUAUGGACUUGCAAUGCUGGCCCAAUGUGUGUGAUCCGAUGGCCAGAACGGCCGUGAUGUCAAGUCCCUCAUGCAUGAUCAUGAUCACCUGUGCAGAUUGGGACGAGAACUGUAAAUGCUUGAGAACUU